GACGAUGAGCUGAAGUACGCCCUGAAGCGGCUGGUGGAAGGACUGGGAGCCACCCGCGAGGCCGCCCGCCCCGGCUUCAGCUUGGCCCUGGCGCAGGUUUUACAGGCUUUUGAGGAAAUUCCAAUGUGCAGUGUCCUGGAACAGAUAAAAGAAAAACACAAUCUGGAAAAAGUGAAAAAGAAACUUGUGAGAAAUGCUGCUUUUGGAAACUUUUUUGGAGUUAUGGCCCUGUUUCAGUCUGGCCGGCUUGUUAAGGACCGGAAAGCUCUGCUGGAGAGCAUCCAGCUUCUCCAGCAGCUGGCUCAUCACCAAGCACACCUCAGAGAUCUCCCUCGCAAAACUGUGAUUGACAUCAUGUCUGAGGUUCCUGAAGCUGUGUUUGAGGAGGUCCUGUUUGGCAUCUUGCAAAGUGACCUCGCUUCAGCCUUCACAUCUCCAGAGAACCUGCACCUUUUGCUUGUGGGCAUACAGAAAUUCCCCGGUGUUCUGAAACCUAAAAAUCUGAAGAAGCUGUUUGGCUCACCUACUGUUGUAAAUGAGAAAAAUAUUCCCAGACUUGUAGAGCUUCUGCAAAGUGCUGCCAAGUCUGAGAAGAAGGACAAGAAAUUGCCCAGCGUAGUGUUUGAUUUACUACAAGUUUCACUGAAGGAAGGUGCCUUUGAACUGUUCUGGAAAGAAGGUGUGGAGAAUGGGCUACUGAAGGAGAAAUCGGGACCUGUGAGUUACAUGUGCUACCGGUUGCUGGGCAGUGCUCUUCCCUUGCUGUCUCUGGACCAGCUACAGAUGGUUCUCAAAGGAAAGGUGAUGCAGCACUAUGGAGAACAUGUGGUGACGACUCAGCUUCCAGACCGAUUUAAGUUUGCUCCAGAGAUGGAAGCGUAUAUAGAUGAGUUUCUGAACGGCUGUGAUGACCCGGAGAGGCAGCUGACAGUGAUGAUCGGCUUCUCUACUCUCACCAAUCAAGGCUAUCCAGUGUUGGCCAGCUCCUCCAGGGUAGUCAGACACCUACAGCCAGUGGCAUUGCAAAAAUACGUUGGCUGGCUCAAAGACAUGUUUCUCAGGCCAGACUUUGACUGUUGUUUAGACUUCUCAAGCAACCGUCAAAAACAGAACCAGGAAAAUGUGAACAUGGCACGGCAUAAAAUUACUCGAUUAAGAAAAUGGAUCAUCCACCGACUUGCUAACAUAAUUGAAAGUCCAGUGAAAAAAGAAGAGAGCCUUGUGAUGGACAUUUCCAGGUUUUGCUUCUUCCAUGCUUUCUUUGAGGCUAAGAAAAAAACUUCCCAAAUACGUGAGGCAAAUGUUCUUCCAUCAGAGCCCCUAGAUAAAGAGGCUCAUUCAGUGGCAGAAAACUACUUCUUUGGGUUACUUCAGACUUUAAACACCUUGACUGUUUUGGGGGAUACAGCAAAGGCUGCAGCCUUGAGGGAGAAGCACAUCCACGGUGUGACUGCAGACGGGAAGCUGUGGAUCUUUCUCCUUGUUGAGUAUGCCGACAAACUGCUCUCCAGUGAGCAUGUCAAAGCUGUGAAGCCUUUUACCAAAGAACAGAGGGAUGCCUGGGAGAGAACACUCCAGUCUGUGAAGAAUCUGCAGAAGAAGGAAAAUAAAUCAGACAAUGCCAAAGUCGUUGCUUUCCAGCAACUUCUGCUUUUAAUGGCCAUUCAUCUUUUCAAGAAUCCGUUGGAAACAAUGGAUGUUCUGAGUGACCUUCUGAACUGCACAGAGAGGGCAUUCAGCAAAGAACCGAAGAAGAAAAAGACUGACAACGCAGAGCCAGGAUGGGUUGAGGUGAUGGUGGAAAUCCUUCUCUCCCUCCUUGCCCAGCCCAGCCUCCUCAUACGUCGGAUUUCCAAGAGUGUGUUUGUACGGAUAUGCCCUAGUCUGACCAAGAGGGGCUUGCAGCUGAUUCUGGAUGUUCUUGACCCGUACCAAGAGCAAAAUGAAGAAAGUGCUGUUGUUGUGAUGGAAGAAUCGAACAAAAAGGUCAAAUCUGCACAGGACAUGGAUGAAGAAGAAAGUGAGGACUCCUCAGAUGAAGACGACACUGAGGAAGAGAAUGACAGUGGAGAUGAGGAAAGGAAUGAAGAAGUUGAUGAGGAUUUUCGCAGUCAGCUGAGGAAUGUUCUCCAAGCAGGGAAGGCUUUGAAAGGUGAUGAGAGUGAUGAAGAGUUGGAUGAUGAGGCUAUGAUGGCUCUUGACAAGAACAUCUCAGCCCUUUUUGCGGAGCAGCAGAAACGGAUCCAGGCGAAGAAGGAUGAGAAAGACAGGAUGCGGAAAGAGAAGAUCCUACGGAGGGAUUUCAAGAUUAAGGUGCUGGAUCUGGUUGAAGCGUUCCUGACUAAGCAGUCAGAGAACCCCUUGGUGUUUGACAUUAUUGAGCCCCUGCUUCGGGUGAUUGAACAGUGCAUGAGCUCAGACUCUGACAAGCAGGAGGUUGACUUCCUCCAGAAAACAGCCAAUAUCUUCAAGAACUCAUUGUGCCGAACUAAGCAGUACUGCAAGAGAGUGGAUGCCCUGCAAGAAGAUUUGCACGCUUUUGUGGAGAGGCUUGUGAAAAAAGCCUGCAAGCACACUGACUCUUCAGUGGCUCUCUAUUAUUUCAGUGCCUCAUUAUACCUGCUCAAAGUGUUGAAAGGAAACGUGUCUGAUAAGUCACCAACACCACUUACCCCUCUGCCAGAGAAACAGAGCAACGCCAUCCCGCAGGCUAGCCAGCUUUUGAGCACAGGUUGUUUGGAUAUGGACAGGGUGACUGUACUAUAUCGGCAAGCACUGACACAGUUCUUGACUAAACGGAACAGUGCCCUUACAAGCUCCAUGUUCAAUGAUCUCUUCAGACGCUUCCCGAUCAUGUGUAAGCCAUUAGUAGAUACUCUUGUCAAGUCUAUCACAGCGGGAGCCAGGCAACAUCAGCAG